CACUGCCGUCCCCUCCGGCUCCGCGCGUCACUCUGCUCCGCAGCUACCCUCACUAGGAGCAGCCCCGGGCGGCGGCACUGUCCGCGGCCCCCGCCAUGUCUGCGGCCAUGAGAGAGAGGUUCGACCAGUUCCUGCACGAGAAGAACAGCUUGACCGACCUCUUGGCCAAGCUCGAGGCCAAGACCGGCGUGAACCGGAGCUACAUCGCGCUCGGUGUCAUCGGGGCGGUGGCCUUGUACCUGGUAUUCGGUUGUGGAGCCCCUCUCCUCUGCAACCUGAUAGGAUUUGGCUACCCAGCCUACAUCUCAAUUAAAGCCAUUGAGAGUCCCAACAAAGAUGAUGAUACCCAGUGGCUGACCUACUGGGUUGUGUAUGGUGUGUUCAGCAUUGCUGAAUUCUUCUCCGACUUCUUCCUGUCAUGGUUGCCCUUCUACUACAUGCUGAAGUGUGGCUUCCUGCUGUGGUGCAUGGCCCCCAGCCCCUCCAACGGGGCGGAACUGCUCUACAAGCGCAUCAUCCGUCCUUUCUUCCUGAAGCACCAGUCCCAGGUGGACAAUGUGGUGAAUGAAAUGAAGGACAAAGCCAAAGGGACUGCAGAUGCCAUCACUAAAGAAGUCAAGAAAGCUGCCGUGAAUUUACUGGGAGAUGAGAAGAAGAGCACCUAAGCCCACCUGAAUGAGACCUUUCUGCCCUCUGUACCUGCCUAUAGAGCUUGAUGUUGUGUUAGGGACUGUGGUAUAAUCAUUUUAAUAAUGUUGCCUUGGAAACAUUUUUGAUAUAUUUAAAAAUGGAAUGUGUUUUUUGCUUACUUUUACUGUCUAUAUACAUAGGGAACAUUUUAAUUUAAAUUUAAUGCAAUGGGCAGUAUUCAAAUUUUUGGAAAAUAUAUUUUGCCUCUUGGUAGGAAAAGAAAUUUAUCAUCCUGCCAGAAAUAUAAACUUAAAAUAAAAUUAUAUAUCCCACGGGCUUUGUACUUUAAUGGGCUCUCUUUGCAUGCAUUUUCUUUGUACUUAUUUUUUAGAGUACUCUUUCAAGUUCUACUUCAUGUAAGGUACAAUUUUGUAUUAAAUGUUUUUGAUGUAUUUGUGCACACACACGUGUAGGGAAAUGUACUGGCUGUAACAUGCAUAAUGCUCGUGGAGAGCACCUGCCAAAAGCUGGAAGUUCCAUUGUGCUGGUGUAGUCUGCUAAAAAAUACUUCAGAAAUUUAUUACAAAUGAGUACUAAUUAGAAUGAACAGUUAAGUGAUAAAUGAGUUUGAAUGGAGGUUGUCCUGGCUGUUUUCCUAACCUUAAAGCAGCCGAAUACUAGAACAGCUUUGAACAGCAGUCACUUUGCUCACAAAUGGGGAAACCUACACACGUCAGUAAUCACAGCCCCCAAUUCCCUAUAGAGCUAACUAGUAAUACUGACUUGUGGCCUUUUAAUAACUUGCUUAUAAGCUUUAGGUUUGUCUGUUUUUGAGAUGCUACAAUGGAAAUCAUCCCUGGUUUCACCUUCAAUGCUAAUAUGUUGGUUUAAUUUUGUUUCCUUUCCAGUCUUUUUUUAAACCAGUUUAAGGACCCCCCAACCCUGCGACUUGCCCACCCCUGAUUACAUAUAUGCUCUUGUUUAUCUCCUUAGCCAGCAGUGCAUGCUAAUGACAACACCAGCCUCUGAGAGCUGUUCUGGGAGACUGAAAGAAAGCACGGUAUAACCCGUAGUCUGGUUGGCAGUGGUGAGGUAAAACUGCCUUCACCCUCAUUUCUGGCCUUUAAGGUCGAACACAGGAGGCCUCCCUAGUUCACAAGUCAGAAUCACCUGUAGUUUAAAUGCCUUCAUCUUUAUGCUUUAUUUUGAUAAAUUGCAUAUAACUACAUAAUUUGAGUAUGUAACAAAGAGUUAAAAAUCAAAGUCUCCAGUUUGAUCAGCCAAGCACCUUGUCUGGAGUAGAAAAACUGAUCUUAAUAUCAACUGUACUGCUAGGCUACUUCUGAAUUAGACUAAACUGACUAAAGAGUUCAAUGAAAUUACCAAAGUUAGCCCUGACGGUAUGGCUUAGUUGGUUGGGCAUCAUCCUGCCAAGUGAAAGGUCGCCAGUUCGAUCCCUGGUCAGGGCAUCCCAUAUGCCUGGGUUGCAGGUUCAGUCCCCAGUCAGGGUGCAUUCGAGAGGCCUUUUAAGGCAAAUAAAUGAUUAGUUAGUUCUCCUUUCAAUAAUAGGUAAGAUCAUAAUGCUGUCUCACGAUGUAAAAAAUAUUAAAGACAUCAAAAAUAAGGGACGAUAUCACCCAAAUAUCACAAUAUGGAUCAGGGCAUUUACCUUUUUCUAGGUACAAUAGUGGUGAUCAUAAGGCAUCUUAUUAAACUUAACUUUAAAAACCUUUAGAAAGCAAGCCAUUAUUUGGAUAAAGUCAAGCUAUAGUUAAAAAAAAAUUCCUGCGGGAGUAUUUAAAUCCCUUUCCCCAUAAAUACAGUACACUUUUCUUGGUGGCAAAAGAAUGAAAAUGAGCAACCUUUGGCAUACAAAAUAUAUAAUCAGAUUGUUAGUAUACAGAAUAUAUUACCAGGCAAGAUACACAAGUUACAAUUAUUCAUAACUACUUAUAGGCUAAUAUCAGUUUAAAAACUAUAGUGAGAAGAUAAAUUCUGAAUGCAAAUUUUUUCUCAACAGUGUUCUCUUACAGUGUAUUCUGGAAGAAAUGUGUUACUGUUUUUGGCAGUCAAAGCAUACAUGUUAAAGACAGAAGUUAUGAAUUGAACAAUUCUGUCUCAGCUUUGAUUUCCCAAGUAAUAUUUUGCCAUGCUAGCGUCUUUGGAAACUGACUGAGCCUCUGUCGAGCUUGAAGAUGAGCAUUUAUUUGUGCAGGAAAGGUAUGUGGGGGAUAUGUAAAGUUACAGAAUCCCUACAGUUCUUCUGCUUGAAUGGUUUCAGAUCAAUAAUUACUGCUCCUCUGGAGUCUUCUGCCCACAGCCUGGAGAAAAUGACCAUAGCCUUUAAAUAAGUUACUGUCUAUCCUGAAGAUGUGAUAUACUGAAUGGAAGUGGAUGUAAAUAAAAUUCCAUUAUCUCAUUGAA